UCCAAUCCACAAAGAUGAAGUCAUCAACACCUUUAAUAAGUUUUAUUUAUACCUUGGUCGUCGUCACAUAUGGCGCCCCACCCCCAUCCGAUUUUCGGGGCUUAAACACCGGUAAAAUUGUAGGCGGAGUGGAAGCUGAUCGGCACGAGUUCAAGUUUUUAGUCGAUAUUCGGCUACAAAAUAUUCAUCUCUGUGGGGGUUCCAUCGUCACGCCGGAAUGGGUCGUCACAGCGGCGCAUUGUGCUCAUAGUGCCCCCAGUGGGUACACCCUCUCGGCAGGAGAGCACAAUAUCAACGUGACCGAAGGGACGGAACAAGUCCGACAAGUCACGCAGAUUAAUAUUCAUCCCAAUUAUUUGAGCUACCAAUACGAAAACGACAUUGCCUUGAUGAGGGUCUCACCUCCAUUCGAAUUUAACGAGUAUGUCCAGCCCGUCGUCAUUCCGAACGUCAACUUUGCUCCAACCACCCUGGCAACCGUCACUGGCUGGGGUUCUAUCUCCGAAGGGGGUGGAUCUCCACCCAACGAUAACCUGAUGAAGGUUGUCGUCCCAUUUGUGGACGAUGUGACGUGUCAACGCAAUCAUUACGGGGAAAUUGCCCCGUCCAUGGUUUGUUACGGGGAGGCUGGCAAAGAUUCAUGCCAUGGAGAUUCUGGUAGUCCACUUCUUUGCGGGGACAACCAAACUUUGUGCGGAAUUGUGUCAUGGGGCGAAGGCUGUGCGAGACCAAAUUUAUUCCGUGUGUAUACAGAAACAUCGUUUUUUAGCGAGUGGAUCCGGAGCUCCACGAUCAAAUUUGAAGAAGAUUCAAACCCCGCCCAGUUUAUUACUACUUGCGGUGCCCGGAUUGACGCGUCCUCUGCCGAAAUCACCUUCCAACUCGGUGCGUCCAUUCCGGCCGGUCAGAAGUGCGUCUGGGUCGUGAAAACCCGCUACGAUUCGGUCCGAUUCCGACUUUCCAGCUCCGGUCUUGGCGAAAACGAUGGUCUUUAUUUGACCAACUUUGCCCAUUCAGAACCUGGCACUCAAAAACGAAUGACUUCGGUCGGCCAAAACUACACCGUCGCUUCCGGCUUCGUCUUGGUCACUUUGAGCAUUGGGAGCGCCCCAAGUAGCGGAUUCCGACUGGAAUUCUUCUCCUCCGGAUUUUCCGACCAGACCCGGGACUUUUCCGAGUUUGCCCGCUUCACCACGAACACAGGAAGGUUAUCUUACCCCAUAGAUGGCGGGAUUACCAGACCUAAUGAGGACGCCCUUUUCGUCAUUAAUCCCACCAUGUCGGCCGUGCGGACCUUAAGGUUGACGCGGAUGGACGUGGAGACUGAUACUGAUCCCUCGUGUCGAUAUGACGCCGUCACGAUAUACGAUUGGUUUGAUAAUCAGUACAGACACCUAGACAGACGGUGUGGAUACUCAUUGCCGCCAUCGUUUACACUAGAGUCUGGACUGGGCUUGGUUACUUUUCAGAGUGAUAGUGGCGUUGGCGGGACUGGAUUCGAUUUUGAAUGGGUUUAAAUCCUUAUCGAAAUUAAUAUUGGAAAACAUUUUAAAGCAAUCAUAAAUAAAUCUGUAAUAAUAA